GCCGGUCCACGCCAUCGAAAUAGAGCCCACGUGCUCUCACGACAACGCCAAAUGGCGACUCCUCGCGACAUGGAAGGGGUGACGAGCACUCAGUGGAGCGCGAUGCCGCUUGCCGAGCGGCUCGACCGCUGCGCCAUCGACAUCAUGCUCCACGGACUCAGGCGUCCGGCAGUCGUCUACAUUUGGCACUUCACCCUCCUCCUGAUUAACUACGGCUGCUUUGCGCUGACUCUGCUCGCAGUGGGCCCGAGCACGCACAAACAGCCACUGUUGCACGGCUUUGUAAAGCUGAUCGUCUGGCAGCACUUUGCCGAGUCGCUCGGCUGCCGCCAAGGUCCAAUUUACGGGCAUCUCGGACCGCCAUGCAAUCUGAUGUACCGGCUCAGCCUCGGCACCGUCAAGCUGGCUAAGGUGGCCGUCCUCGGUACGCGGCGCACGGCUGUCGACCUGCUCUCGCACCUCCUGUUCUACGUGGGCAUCUUUGCCUUUCUCGCCUCUCGCGAGUACCGCACCGAGGCCCUCUGGCUCAUCUGCGGCUGCGACGCGUUCCACUUCCUUUCCGACUCGACCCAGUUCUACGCCGCAAACGGCCACACAUACUACUCGGUGCUGCUGUCUGCAUGCUUUCCCGCCGAGCGAGGCCGCCUCGCGGGCAUGCAGACCGCGCUGCUGCUGCAGUGGUUCUUCUCUGGCGUGGGCAAGAUCGGGCCCUGGUUCGAGUACGUCAACGGCCCCUUCAUGCUGCAGUCGAUGCUCCUCGCGCCCGCGCGGCGCUGGCUCGCCGGCUUGCUCGUCCGCUCUCCUUUCCACCUCUCCCCGACCAGGUUCGGGCAGGCCGUGGCGCACGCUGCAGCGGCCGUCGAGUACUUGGCUCCGCUCGCGCUGCUGCUGCCCUCGGACGGUGCGGUCGCCUUCGGGAUGGCUUCUCUCGGCGCGAUGCACGCCUACAUCCUUGCGAUGCCGGCGCCGUUCGACGUGUACUCUUGGAACCUCUGCUUCGGCUUGUGCGUGCCGCUCCUCUUCUGGCGCAUCGAGACCCUCGGCUUCGACUGGGCGGGCCUCUCGCAGGCGAGCCCGCUGCUACUCGUGUACCUGGGCGCCGAGUGCCUCACCUGCGCCGCGGGCAAUGUGCUGCCCGACCGACUCGGCUACUACAUCUCCCACCGCUACUGGGCGGGCAACUGGUGCAUGAUGCUCUUCUACAUCCGCGACACGGACGCUGCCCGAGCCAAGCUCGACGCCGUCAAGGCCUUUAGCCCAAACCCGCUGCGGCCGCCCAAGCUCGGGCUCGACCCGUUCCUGAUGGACGUGGCCCUGCACAAGUCGCUCGCAUACCUGUGGCUCGGCAACCUCAACACUAAGUGCCUCGUGCCGCUCAUCGAGGAGGCGUGCGCCGCGGCGGGAGGCGCGCCCUCGGACUUCAAGGCCGUCCCCAGCCUGCCCCUCUACUUUGCGGGCGAGUUUCGCGACUUUCUCUUCGGCGUCGAGCUGAUGGGGGAGAUGCAGGCGGUCGCGGGCUUCGAUGCGGGGGAGUGCUUUGCCGUCAAGAUGAGCGCCUUCUCCAUGCUGGGCGAGGGCAACCGCUCGGAGGUGCACGACCUCAAGAAGGGCCGCGUGCGCUCGUACGCAACCUCACGGGCGGGGCUGCGCGCAAUGGACGCCCUCCCCUCGAGCGCACCCACCUUCAAAAAGGCGGUGUGA